AACAGAGACACACAAUCUCCAAUACACUAAUUUCUCAAGUAAAGCUCAACACUUCUGACAUUUUUGAAAUACCCAAAAACUCCUACCCUUCUCACUCUCUCUCUUCUCCUCCUCUUUUGUUUACUGCUAGGGAUGCUAAAUCAGUCCUAGCAAGACCAGUUCAUGAAGAUUUCAUCAAUGCUUCUCCAACUGCUCUCUCUUCUUUGUCUAGUCCCCCAUUUUGUUCAAUCCACAACCAUACUUGUUGAUGGCGUUUCAGAGUGGCAAGAUCCCAGUGUUCAUGUAGGAGACACUGUCAUUUUUGAACACAAAUAUCGGUACAAUCUCUACAUAUUCAAGAACCAGAAUGCAUUCAAUCUCUGCAAUUUCACCCAAUCCACACUCCUCACAAAACCCAACAUCACCUCCUACAGGUGGCACCCAUCUCGCACUGGUUUCUUCUACUUCACAUUCAACAAUGGGUCUCUUAAAACAUGCCAAGACUCACAAAAACUAGCUGUAAAGGUCUCUCCUUUACCAUCUCCAGCCUCUGCUCCGUCUUCGUCAACGACGACACCGAUUUCUGGUGGAAUGGUAUCAUCCUCCCCUGCCUAUCCAUGGCCGUCACAGCCUCGAGAGGCGGCUUCACCUGGUCCUGCACCCACCAUGGCAACAUCUCCAGUGACAGUCCCAAAUUUGGUACCAAGUAAAGGAGGUGGAAUACCAUUCAUUUAUAGCAAUCCCGCUGUUCCUCUGCCUACUGGUGAGGUAGACUCUGCCACUAUACGUCCCCUGCCCACAUCCGGAACUAAACAGGUGGUGGUGGUGGGGCUACUUGCAGGAGGACAGAUUGGUCUAUUUUGCGCUGUAAUUCUUUUGCUGUAAAAACAGGGGAGGCAGAGGCAGAAUUGAAGUUUGUGUAGAAAAUCAGAGUAGCUAGACACCAAGAACAACUAGUGUGGUUAAUUAGGAGUCCAAAGUAGCUUUAUGGGUGAUGAUUAUGUAUGCAUGAAUCUGGUUGUAAUCCUCUUUGCCUUUGGAGGACCCUACUUUGGAAUCAUUGGCACUUUAGUUUUGCCAUUGAAAUUCAGCAGACCACUAUUCUCUCUU